GCAUAAGCCUAAUUUAUAUUUCUCCAACCUAAUAUUACGAGUAAAUACCUCUCAAGUAUAAUUUCCAGAUGUUUCAUUCCAGACUUGAGUUACGGGUUAUGCCAUCAUUAACACCUUUCACCAUCUCACGUUCAAAAUUUAUUAAUAAGUUACAUUUUGAAAACAGCGCCAUCUAUAACGCUAUCGAGAACUACAUACUGAAGCUGUAGAGUGUAGGCAGCGUAGUGAAUCCAUUGCAACUUUAAAUGUUCCUUGUAAUGCGUUCGGAGGGCGUGUUAUACAAAAAUAUUUCGCGAUUUGUGUAAAUGUGUACCUAAACGAGGAUUGAUAAAAGUUCUACGUAGUUAUUUAUUUAUUCAUUUAAGUCCUUGAGAGUCGUUUCACAUACAAUCAGUUCAGAAAUCUUUAAAAAAAUUGUUAUUCUAUAUCCGCAAAUACUAAAUCGAUAAUAUAGUUUUUAAGUUUAUUCGUUAAAUGCAAAAUACAAAUCUUUCCUUUUUAUGAUAUUAGUUUAAAAGAUUUGAAUGUUUACUGACUACCGAGUAGGAGGACAUUUUUUAUGUCAGGUCAAUCCAGUCGGAGUAAGCAGCGGUUACACGCAUGAAAUACAAAUAAAUCUAUUGAUGAAUUGGUUACAGCCCGAAAGAUUAAUGUCCCCCUACACGGCUAUCAUCCGCCGCAGCGGCAACCCGUUCGAGCUGGCCCACGUGCUGGUGUCAUGGCUCGCAGGCGCCGGCUACGACGCUUACGUGGUGGUGGGCUGCGCCAAGCAGGACGUGUGCCUCGCCAUCCGGUAUCGUACCACUUGCCCGGAGAUUCCGGAUGAGACUGAGGUGAUUGAAGAACCACCGCCUCCAGAGGAAGAGCCUCGGUACCGUCUCGUGCCUAUACCAGACAUGACUUCCAAGUAUUGCAGGGAAAUGGAGAAAAAAGAAGCGGAGAGGAGGCAAGCUGCUUUGGAUAAAAUUGAAAAUGAACGCUUAAGGAAAAUUGCGGAAUUAGAGAAGCCACCGCCAGAUGAAAUUGAUGGUUGGCGCACACAUGCUUGGGUGCUCGUUUUGCCAGGUUUCCGGGGGGUGGAGGAGCCGUUUUUCAUCGAGCCCAGUGAAGGAAACAGCCACCCGCUGGGGGCGCCGCAGUAUCAGUUUUUGGAUAGUGUUUACAAUCAUGAAAAUUAUUAUGUGAACCUCCAAAAUUGCGAGAACGGUUUAGGUACCCUGAACUACGAUCUAGGUGACCUGAGCUGCUGGGAACACCUUCUGGCUGGGGAACCAUACUUCCGCCGUCAACUAGUUGGUAUCGACCUGGCUGAUAAGAAAACCGCCUUCGAAACGGAGAAGCACUUGGAUGUUCCCUCUAGUUGGGUUGAAAAAUUAGAUAUUACCGCAGAUGAUUUUGAACAGCGGUACCCCGGCAGUCACAAGGUGGUUCACUACAAGAAGGUUCUAUUGGAGAAAUUUUCACCUUACUCUCAAAGGGACGGCAUCGUCAAGAGAAUCAAGAUUUUUGACGAUUAUGCUCUAACCGUUCCACUGUUAACAUACGAAUGGUACAAAAAUAGAGUUGACAAAAUGGAAACUAUGAAAAUGGAUCAUGUCAAGCGAGAAGUGAGAGAAACCUUCGCUGUUGGUAGAAGAGACCAUUUAUUAAAGCACCUAUAUUCUUUGGACGCACCCCUUGUAACAGUAGAAGGAGUGAGGACGCUAGAGUUCAACUACUACGCCAGGAUCGACCACCUUUCAAAGCUGGUGUGCACGCCGACUACUUUUGAUGAAUAUUAUACGGAUAGAUCUGACAGACUUGAAACCCGCUUCAUAAUAUACAGUGAACCAACUAAAUCCGAACCUAAACGUCAAGUGAAAGACAUUAUAGAGACAUAUUCUAGAAAUGACGAUAUCCCAGCCAAAGAGGAUAUCUGGAAGAAAAUUUUCCACAUUCCAGAAGAAACCAUCGAAUUGCUCUAUCACUACGCGUACAAUUUUGUCACGAAUAAUACUAGAUUUUUUCUGAAACCAAAUCUCGCUGAGACAGGCGGUAAAAUCCUAUUCUAUCCAGAAAAAACUUCUGGAUACAUUGCCGAUCCAUGUGCCAAACCACCUCGACCGUUAGACGUGUACUAUGCACUCUGUGACAAUAUGGAGUGGGAACACAAAAGCAGGAAACACAUCCGCGACAGAGAGACCGAUAUCAAUGGCUACUUGAAAACGCGCCACAAGGAGCUUACAGAGCCAAUGUUGUACGUCGCAUUAUUCGAUACGGAGAGAAAUGAGGCCGCCAAAAAGGGAUGGAAGGAGCAGGAAGCUCAAAAAGCAGAAGUAACAGAAAGAGAAAAAGAAGCAGAAAUAGAUCCUUUGGCGCCAUAUUUAGCUCGAAUGUUUGGAUCAGGUCACGGUACUGGCGCUCCAAUUACAAUCAAGGAAGCCACACUGAUCAGGGAACAAUGUAUUAACGACUUUAGAGCGAAACAACUCGCUCGACAGAAUCUCGUCCAAGAGAGGUUUGAUAAGUUAAACAGUGAAUACAAAGCAAAGCGCUUAUGGUAUUUGGCUAAUCAAUUUAUUUUGACGCCUGAGAAGGAAAGCGUUUAUUUCGCAGCAAGUGCCGAGUUAGCAUUCAAAGUACAUACACUUGAAGUACGUUUGACACGACAUAGGGAUCUGUCGGCGCCAAGGUAUCAAAUACUUGAAGAAUACUUGGAGAAACAUCCCUUGCUCAAGGAAUAUAACCGAAUGAGACAUUAUUAUCGAAUGAAAUGAUGUGAUUUAUAUCGUAAAUAGAUUAUUUUAGAAAUAUAUUGUUUUACGGU